AGGGUUGUGUUCCAGGAUUUCAAGGCGUAAGGUGCAAAAUACCAUGUGAAAGUCCAGGAGGUAACUGUAAAGCAUGUCCAGGUGGUUGUGAUGGAGGAUACUGCCAGCUUAAUUCAUCCUGUGUAUCAGGAUGUAAUGGUUCCUACUAUGGGUCUGACUGUAAAGAAUGUUCCAGUAGAUGUAAGACAUGCAAUGGCUUUACAGGGAUGUGUGAGGACUGUUUUUCACAAUAUUUUGGACCAAACUGCGAGUAUUUAUGUGAAAACUGUAGGGACACGUGUGUAUUUGGAUGCCUGGAUGGCUGUGUACCUGGCUUUUAUGGUACUGCCUGUGAGAAGGAAUGCAAGACAAACUGUGGUUUCAGCCCAAUGAUGAUAGGCAAUAAAACUGGAGACACACGACCUGUAAUUAAUGACACAGUUGAAUGCAAUCAGUACAGUGGUGACUGUCGUCAUGGGUGUGUAGAUGGCUGGUUUGGGCCACAGUGCUCCUCAUGUUGUAAUAUUAACUGUAGGAAUGGGAGAUGCAACGAUGCAGGCGACUGUGUAGAUGGGUGUGUAGAUGGAUGGUUUGGGCCACACUGCUCCUCACGGUGUAAUGUUAACUGUAGGAAUGGGAGAUGUAACGGUACAGGGGACUGUGUAGAUGGGUGUGUAGAUGGAUGGUUUGGUCCACACUGCUCCUUACAGUGUAACGGUAACUGUAGGAAUGGGAGAUGUAAUGAUACAGGCGACUGUGUAGAUGGGUGUGCAUCUCAUCAUUUUGGAAGAAACUGUAUACCAUGCCCUGACAACUGUAUCAACCACACAUGUCAUACAAGCCAUGGAACUUGUGUUCAUGGAUGUACUAAUGGAUUCUAUGGACAAUCGUGUAACAACACGUGUGAAUUCUGCCUUGAUGGAGAGUGUGACCAGAUGACAGGAAUGUGUUUCAAAGGCUGCAACACAACCGGACACAAAUGCACACCUAUCUGCAGGAACAACUGCACUGUGGAUGAUUGCCGAUCAUGUCAGGAUGAGAAUGGGAUGAACGAGGCAAUCGGACUGUGGACUGGGCUUACACCUGUGGGCAUUGUGAUUGUAAUGCUAGCAUGCCUGCAUUCCAUCAAACGUUGGAGAACUAAAAGAGCUCAACAAUCAUCAAUUGUUCAACACAACGAGGAAGGCGUUCAGGAUGAUAUAUAUUCUGUAGAAUACCAGGCCAUAAACAGAUAUUGGCAGAUCAGAGAUGAAGAUAUAGGCAUAUCCUGUGUACCACCAGCUGUGAAGCAAGAGGAAUGUGGGCAUAGGCUCUCCAUGCCAGUGUUGGCAGAAUGUUUUUGUACAACAGUAGGUGGAACAUACAAUGAUGUAUCCGUGAGUUCUGCUGGAGAAACCCAGUCCUCCACUCAUAUGCCACAGAAUGUUGCAGACAGUGGUGCAACCCAGAGCUCUGCUGGAAAAACCCAGUCCUCCACUCAUAUAUCACAGGGUGUUUCAGACGGCGAAUCAUCCCCGAGUUCUGCUGAAGACACACAGUCCUACAUUCAUAUAUCACAUGAUGUUGCAGGCAGUGGUGCAACCCAGAGAUCUGCUGGAGACACACAGUUCUCCACUCGUAUCCCACAGAGUGUUGCAAGCAGUAGUGCAGCCCAGAGUUCUGCUGGAAACACACAGUCCUACACUCAUAUGCCACAGGAUGUUGCAGGCAGUGGUGCAACCCAGAGUUCUGCUGGAGACACACAGUCCUACACUCAUAUACCACAGUAUGUUGCAGGCAGUGGUGCAACCCAGAGUUCUGAUGGAGACACACAGUCCUACACUCAUAUACCACAGUAUGUUGCAGGCAGUGGUGCCAUAUGUCCAUAUGCGACAUGCUGGACUUCCUCAUUGAUAACAUCCAUGUAA